UUAUUUACAGCAUAGGAAUACACACAACUAUUUCGCCUGCUAAUAUUCCUGCAUACAUUUCAACAGAUUUUUCUCAAAACAUGGAUGCUCUCAAACUCAUCUUCCUCUUCACUCUCCUUGUCCCUCUCACAUCUGCCACAAACAUCGUUGUCGAUUAUUGUGUGGCAGAUUUAACUUUCCCAGUUGGACCAGCCGGAUACUCUUGUAGAAAUCCGGCUACUCUUACAGCAGAUGAUUUUGUUUACACUGGUUUAGGUGCUGCAGGAAACUUCUCUACUACUUUCAAUGCUGCCGCGGUUCUAGCAGUUGACACUACGUUCCCUGCCUUGAACGGUCUAGGCCUUUCCAUGGCACGAUUAGACCUUGGUGUAGGUGGAGUUAUUCCAAUCCACUCACAUCGAGCAUCAGAAGUUAUUCUUGUAGUCGAGGGGACUAUAGUUGCUGGUUUUAUCGACACAAAUAACACUGCAUUUCACAAAACAUUGAAUAAGGGGGAUAUUAUGAUGUUUCCACCUACGUUGCUCCACUUCCAAGUUAACAUUGGCAAAUCUCCUGCUCUUGCAUUUGUUACCCUGAAUAGCGCUAGUCCUGGCUUUCAAACUACUUCUAUUGCUCUAGGUGCAACUGACCUACCUACUCAUCUGAUUCAGAAGGUAACUCUGUUGGAUGCUAGGGAGGUCAGGAGGUUGAAGAAUAUCUUUGGCGGCAGUAACUAAUAAUAUUUCUAUUAUAUAUACUCAUGAUAUAAUAAUUUUACAUAAUCAUACAAAAUAAUAUCGUUACAAAUUAAACGUAUGGAGAAUAUCUACAUAUAUUCUAUCACCUUCUUGUAUAGUCUACAAAUGGAGUACAGCAUUACAUGAUUGCCUAUGUAAAAUUGAAUUACAUACAUGUACUAGGCAUUCUUUAUUUUGUAUUGCUUUGAUGUAUAAGAUGUAAUAAAGACAUACUCCCUCUGUUUUUUUUA